UUGGCUGAUUGAGGUGUCUUUCCCUCCACUCUUCAACGCCCCCAGCCCGUUUUCUGGGUCGGAGAGGGAAGAGCCUGGAGGGACUCUGUUUUUCGGCUUGACCUGACCGACUGACACGUCUCGAGUUUCCGUUUCCCGGGGGGCGGCGGCGAAAAAGGGGCGGCCGCCCUCGCGUCGCUCCCAAAAUGUCGCAGACAGCCAUGUCCGAAACCUACGAUUUCCUGUUUAAAUUUUUGGUCAUUGGUAAUGCUGGGACUGGCAAAUCCUGUCUGCUUCAUCAAUUUAUUGAGAAGAAGUUCAAAGAUGACUCAAAUCAUACAAUAGGAGUGGAAUUUGGUUCGAAGAUAAUAAAUGUAGGAGGCAAAUAUGUAAAAUUACAGAUAUGGGAUACAGCUGGACAAGAACGAUUCAGGUCUGUAACACGUAGUUACUAUAGAGGUGCUGCAGGUGCCUUACUCGUUUAUGACAUCACCAGCCGAGAAACCUACAAUGCACUUACUAACUGGUUGACAGAUGCAAGAAUGUUAGCAAGUCAGAAUAUUGUAAUAAUACUGUGUGGAAACAAAAAGGAUCUUGAUGGAGAUCGUGAAGUUACUUUCUUAGAAGCAUCUAGAUUUGCCCAAGAAAAUGAAAUGAUGUUCCUGGAAACAAGUGCAUUGACAGGAGAGAAUGUUGAAGAGGCCUUUGUACAGUGUGCAAGAAAAAUACUUAAUAAAAUUGAGUCAGGCGAACUAGAUCCAGAAAGGAUGGGCUCAGGUAUUCAAUAUGGGGAUGCUGCCUUGAGACAACUGAGAUCUCCAAGAAGAGCACAAGCUCAAAGUGUUCAAGAAUGUGGCUGUUAAACUGACAAACUAAACUAAAAACAAACGCUUUCGUUGCAAGUGAUGAUUAGUGUAACAACUGCCAUGGCUUCAAAGAGCUGCAAUUAUAGAACUUCUUUUUGAUUCAGUAAAAUAGACCACUUAUGGUAUUUGAAAAUAAUACUGUGGGACGACAUACAGAAGUACACAUAUGGCACAGCAAGACAGCAAAAAAGAGAAUUAAUUCAGUGGACAACUUUAAGACUCAAAUAACUGUAUGUAAAUGUUUUAUGUUGCAUAUUUUUGUUUACCUCUAGUUAAAACAUGGCUGUAUCCUUUAUAUAUAAAAGUCAACAUUAAAUUUCCAAAGCAUGAUAUACUGGCAUAAUAUUGCACUAACAGCUGUUGUUGUUUUUUAAAUCAUAAGACCUAAAAUGUGAUUUGUGUGCUAGACAUUAUCAUGUUUCUUUUUACUGUACAAAAGCUACUAUUUAUGAGUUGUCAUUGAAAGCUACUGGCAUUGACUGUCAGUUUUAUUUGUUACAUUCUACAAGGCAUUAACGUGAUUUAUUUUUGAAAAAAGUAAGUUUACUAAUCUGCCAUAUUGUAAAGAGACUUUUUUUACUGAAAUAUAGUUGUCCUGUUUCCUGACAAUUCUUAAAUAUAUUUCAAUCACUUUGUCAAGUGUAGACUAUACAGUUGUGAACUCUGAGAGCUUACAACUGUCUAAUCUGGCCUUUUGGAAGAUUCUUAUUUGUGUCAUAUUUUGUACAUCCUAGAGUAUAAUGAAAAUUGUAUAUUUUGAGUGUCAUUCUGGUGCAGUGUUUGAGGUAGUGAAUCACCAUUCUCCUUUUUUUUUGUAUUAAAGCAAUUUCUAUAAGUAACACUAUGUUCAAAUAACAAGAAACUAUGUUAUAACUGGAAGAGGGUCUAAAACGUACCAUAUUUACAACAUGCAGUUAGCUUCUAUAAUGUAGAAAUGUAACUGGUAGCUAUUAAACUUUACUGUAUUACCAAGGAACUUCAGCAAAUGUGCACAAAAAUCUUUUUAUACAGAUCUUUCUUUCCGGUCAUGUCAGGAGAACUGUUUUUGUGGUAUCUGAUGAUAAAGGAAUUGUUACAGUUGUCACUUGGAAAUCAUACACAGCUUUACCUGGAAGCCUUGACAACUUGGGUUGUAAAUGUUUGUUUUGUGUGUGUGGAAUCAUUGGCCUGUUGGACAUUUUCCAGUACCUUUUAAAGUACUGGAAAACAUCUGUAUGUUGACACAGCUGAUCCUAAAACAAUGAAGCUGUGUAGGUUAUUUCAAUAGAUCUGAGGUGUCAGCAUGACUUUGAGUUAUGAAAGGAAAACUGUAGAUUUUGUAUUGUUCACUAUGGAUCUAAAUUGUUGAUACUUUCUGAGUCAUGGUCGAAAGAAUACAAAAUUUAACAUUAAUGUAAGCUAAGAACUCUGUCUUAAGUCUAAACUCUGUCUUUAAGUCUUAAGACAAUUAUGUUUGGGAAGUCUUCCAAUAUGAGGGAAGUGGCUGAAACAUAGCUACAGGGGAGGCAAAUCCUGUUUGCAGCAGUGGUAGGAAAGAGUGGUUAACACUUCCUCUGUGGGCCAUUUUUCAGGUUAAAAUCACAUAAAUCUAGCUCCUUUCCCACCCAGAAGUAAACGGAUGCUGGUAGACAAUUUGUGAUGAAAAAAGUCUGCAGAGAAAGAGUUAAGCCUCCUCCCUGCUGCUGUUCUGUUAAUUUAGAUGCCUCCCCAUUUAUUUGAAUAAAAAAAGAAUGUGAGUCCUCACGUCUGCUGAACUUUAGUUUAUUCACUUUUUAUUCCAGUUAAAAAUUAUGGCAUUUCAAUAAGCCUUGCCAUUUGGAAUGGUUUUUUCCCUAGUGAAGGGUUAAGUAGCUUAUACAGAUUAGACGGGUUACUAAUUGGCACACAAGCUAGACUUGGAGUGCUUUGAAGUAGACCUUCAUGCAAACAGUUUGGUUCAAAUGAAAGUCAAUGCCUAAGAAUAGAGCAUAUAGAUUUAAAGGAAACAAGUUAACGUGCUACAGUACAUUGUAUUUUUUAAAAAAAAUGUAUCUGAAGUCUUGUAGACCUCAAUUUAAAAUUAAGCAAUGAAAAUCAAGUGGCUAGCAUGUGGUGUCUUUGUAUAUUUGGUUCAUAGCAUGGGUAUAUGGCAUAGCAUGGAUGUCUUAUGUAAUGGUUCAGAGGUGAUUUCAAGGAAUAUUCUUUGGUAACCUUUUGUGUAUGUAUGUUUCAAAAUUGUGUGCAUUUGAAUACUUCAUAAAUUACUGUCAAAAACAAUUCCAAAGAAACUUCGUAUGUGUCUACCUAGACACUAGCUUUUCUGCUACAUAUCACUUGAAGCUCCCUUUCCCCCUUCACCCCUUUUAAUGGUUAUACUGCUAAUUUCUCCUCUUGACUUGGAUGGACUAAUUCUAAAGGGAACAAUCAUACCACAUUUAAAAGAUGUCAUUUUUAGAUAUUCGCUGUGGAGCCUUUCUGUCAUUUGUUCCAGAAUACCUACCUUUCUCAUAGUAACACUAUAAAGGAUACUUGAGUCGAAGAAAAUACCAUCGUUGUCUUAGUACUAGGAAUGAAACUACAGUAUAAGAAGCUAUCUCCUCACUACUAGGGUGAAGGGUAGAGGGUAACAGGGCAGAUGUAAUAUUGGCCUCUGCCCAGACAGCAGCGCACAAACUAUAUUUCCUUCCCUGUUGUUAAUUUCACCCUGGAACUGCUUGUUCUACUGCAAAUAUGUCUGCUGCUUAAUGAGAUUUAAUUGCGUUGGGGAGAAAACUUGCAAAAGAUAGUAUUAAUACCUUCUUAUUAUCUCUUUCUCUCAGCUUGUUUUGCUCUACUCCGUCUUUUUUUCAACUUGUUGCCCAGCUCGCGGGGGUGGGGUAGAAUGGAAGUGGGAAUUGUAUGUAGGAAAAGUUAAUCUCCCUGCCAACUAGUGCUCCCUUGCAAAUGGUGCUCUCCUUAAUAUUACAAAGGAAACACUGGAUUGAAUUUUAGCACAUAGUUACAUGCACUGUGGUAGUGUUUUCCAUGCAACUUAAGUGUAGUGGACUGCUCCCUGUAUUGGCUUUUCUCCACAGGCAGGGGCUACAGGAGCUUAAGGAGCAUUAUUACAGUUGAGCGUUAAGACAGUAUGUACUUGCUCUUGACAUUUAAGUGCAUCUAAAAAUAAAAGUGCAUUUACACAGUAUUAGCAUGCAUUAAAAGGCUUAAAAUGCAUGAGUGCUGUAAAAAUUUUACUAUAUGCUUAAUGUCAACUGAGAUGUUACUAA